GAAUUAGAAGCAUAAGAAAGGCAAGGUGAUCGAGGUGAUCGAGGUGAGGAAGUAAUUAAUUAAUGGCGGCAUCCGUUAUGGCUUCGGUUAGCCUGAAACCAUCUCCCUUCUGUGUCGAGAAGUCAGCAGGGAGAGGCCUUCCCUCUCUUGCAAGGACUUCUUCUUCUUCUUUCAGAGUUCAGGCCAGCGGUGGCAAGAAGAUCAAGACUAGUACGCCUUAUGGAACUGGCGGUGGCAUGAACUUGAGGGAUGGCCUUGACGCAUCCGGUAGGAAGCCAAAGGGAAAGGGUGUAUACCAAUUUGUAGACAAAUAUGGCGCAAAUGUGGAUGGGUACAGUCCUAUCUACGAUACCAACGAUUGGUCCCCAAGUGGUGAUGUGUAUGUUGGGGGUACAACCGGGUUGGCCAUAUGGGCUGUUACCUUAGCCGGCAUUCUUGCAGGGGGUGCGCUUCUUGUGUACAACACAAGUGCUUUGGCUCAGUAGAAUCCAUCAUCAUCAUCAUCAUCAUGUCUUUUAAAUACUUAGAUUCCAAUCUUAAUUAUAUAUUCCUAUUUCCUAAUUAAUGCUUUGGCAUGGAUUGGAACCCCGCAUUAUAUUUUGAUGCCUGUACUAAUUAAAUACUCUAAAUGUGAAUUAUUCAUCAACUA